GCAUAAACGAAAACCGGCGAACUGAAAUAUAUAACAAUUGUAUAUACAAGAAAGUCGCAGACUCACGUAUGCAAAUUAAACAAAGAUAUUAGAGAUGAUCAACUCAACGUGCGAUCCAUUAGUUUCUGAAGAUUGUAUAAAGUUUUGGUUUUUCUCACAAAUUGAGAAAACUUUUGGUUGUGUAAAUUUUUACUGAUUCUCCUCUCAAAAUGGCAACACCGCCGUUAACGCCGAGGAUGCUGACUCCGACGACAAUGUCGCCACUUGGGAGUCCACGGUCGAAGAAAUCGACGGCAACUGUACGGCCGGAGAUAACGCUGGAGCAGCCGUCCGGCAAGAACAAAUCAGCCGGGUCCAAAUCGACGAAGCUAUUCCGCCGAGUCCGUUCAGUGUUCCGAUCGCUUCCGAUCAUGUCUCCGAUGUGUAAAUUCCCCGUGGGAGGGGCAAGGCUGCACGAGAACCACGUCCACGGAGGGACACGUGUCACGGGAACGCUGUUCGGGUACAGAAAAACGCGGGUGAAUCUAGCGGUUCAGGAGAAUCCGCGUUCACUCCCGAUCCUCUUGCUGGAGCUAGCGAUCCCGACGGGGAAACUCCUCCAGGAUCUCGGGGUCGGAUUGGUGAGGAUCGCGCUUGAGUGCGAGAAGAAACCGAGCGAGAAAACCAAAAUCAUAGACGAGCCGAUCUGGGCUUUGUAUUGUAACGGGAAGAAAUCGGGUUACGGGGUGAAGAGACAGCCGACGGAAGAGGAUCUGGUGGUGAUGCAGAUGCUUCACGCGGUGUCGAUGGGGGCAGGUGUGUUACCGGUGAGUAGCGGCGGCGGAGGAGCGGCGGAGCAAGGCGGAGGAGGAGGAGGGGGGCAACAAGAAGGAGAUUUGACAUACAUGAGAGCACAUUUUGAGAGAGUGAUUGGGUCGAGAGACUCGGAGACGUAUUACAUGAUGAAUCCUGACGGGAACAGUGGGCCUGAGCUUAGUAUCUUUUUCGUUCGGGUUUAA